AUGUCUACAGAACUUCGUCCAAGAUAUUUAGUAAACUCGGCUGUCCGACUCGAUGCGCCCAGUUUGUACGUCGAGAAGAAGCUGAGGAUGAAUUCAGACAGAGAAGACGCCGACUUUCAGAGAAAACUGAUUGACGAGUCGACGACGCUAUAUGUCGGAAAUUUGUCGUUUUAUACCACAGAAGAGCAGAUCAUGGAGCUGUUUUCAAAGGUCGGCGAAGUCAAAAAGAUAAUCAUGGGCCUCGACCGCUUCAGCAAAACCCCAUGCGGUUUCUGCUUCGUCGAGUACUACACCCGCGAGGACGCGCUCGCGUGCAUGAAGUACAUCAACAAGUCCCGCCUUGACGAGCGCGAGAUCCGCACAGACAUCGACCCGGGUUUCAAAGAAGGACGGCAGUUUGGAAGAGGGAAAUCCGGGGGUCAGAUCAGAGAUGAGUUUAGAGAUAAUUAUGAUCCUGGUCGGGGAGGGUACGGACGGCGGGUGGAUUGA